UUUACGUGGGUGGUCAAUGUGUGAGGGGCUAUAAAGGUGGGAAUGUUUGGAGAACGAAGGCACAAUUUAAUAGAUAUUCUGUGGUGAAAAGUUAUUCUGUUUUGAGGGUGCAAAAUGAAGUGGUUUAGCAUAAUUUGUGUGAUGUGCCUUGUGCCUCUUGCAUGGAGUGCCAAUAUUUUGGUACUGGAGGGCGUUCCCAGUCCCAGUCACCACAUUUUCAUUACCACACUAUCCCAAGCAUUGGCGGCUCGGGGCCACAAUGUUACGUCUAUCACUUCAGAUUUAGAUGACUACAAAACACCCAAUCUCACGUAUCUCUAUCUGGACAAAUUGAAGGAAUAUCUGGAGAGUCCAGCUUUUCAGGAAAUAGACAUGUUAGAGUAUGGCACAAUGAAUCCGUGGUUAUCUGCCCUCUUUAUGCCUUGGUACAUUGUGGACUUUCUUGAUUCUGAAAUCCAAUCGACUGGUUUUAGACAACUUUUAGACUAUCCAGAUGACUUUGAAUUUGACUUGGUGCUGUAUGACUAUCUUCUUGGUCCAGCUCUUCUGCCUUUUGUACAUAAAUUCAAAAAUCCACCUCUUGUGGGCCUUACUGCCUUCUACUCCCCCAGCACAACAGCUAAUUUCGUUGGUUCCGUCUUCAAUCCGGCAUUCGUCCCUUAUGGUUACAUUGAUACCUUCACGGUUACUUCCUUCUGGAGCAGACUCAAUAACUAUCUCCUGCAUGUGGUUGAUUAUGUUAUAAGAGAGCAUAUCAUGACACGUAUCUUCGAAUAUCAUCUGAAGAAGGACUUCCCAGGGAUGACUUCAAUCACUGAACUGCAGCAGCAAAUGAAGUUAGUCAUCAUGAAUCGAGACCCAAUCACUGAUCACAUUGAACCAACGCUCCCAAAUGUCAUUUCUGCCGGUGGAAUGCAGAUUCAGGCACUCAAGGCACUUCCUCAGGAUUUAGAGGAUAUCAUGGCAUCUGCAAAGAAAGGUGUGGUACUUUUCUCUCUUGGAACAAACAUGAGGAGUGACACCAUUGGCGAGAAGAGAAUAACAGAGAUUAUUGGUGCCAUCCGUGAAUUUCCUGACUAUACAUUUAUAUGGAAGUUUGAGUCAUCAUUUCCAUUGGAAGUGCCAAACAAUUUAAUUAUUCGAAAAUGGGUGCCACAGAAUGAGAUUCUGGCUCAUCCAAAUACAAAGCUAUUCAUCACUCACUGUGGAUUACUGAGUACUCAGGAAGCAUCUUGGCAUGGUGUUCCUAUGGUGGGAAUGCUUAUUUUUGUAGAUCAAUUCUUGAACAUCCAGAAAUCCAUUGAAUUUGGAGUAGCUGUGACAAUUAAAUUGGCCACAAUUACGUCUGAUUCCCUCAAGGAUGCCAUUCAGCAAGUUCUGAACAAUCCAACAUACCGGCAGAAAGCACAACUGCGGUCGAAGUUGUUCCAGGAUCAAUCGGAAACGCCCCUUGAGAGAGCUAUUUGGUGGUGUGAGUACAUCCUUAGGAAUCCAGACGUGUCAGUCCUGAAGAGCAGGUCUAUGGACUUGAAUCUUCUGCAAAGGCAAUCGAUAGACGUAAUAGCCUUCCUGACCAUUGUCACACUCGUACUUUUCCUCAUAUUUACGUACAUUAUUUGGAAGAUCAUCAAAAGGUGCAGCAGAAAGGCCGCAAGGAAGGGCAACAGAAAGGGGAAACUUGAGUAGAGGAAAGCACCUCAGAAGAAGAAAAUCUCUAUAGAAAUUUUCAUAUGCACAUAGCGAAUUCUAAAAAUGCCAAUCUUAUGAGCAAAAGAAUAAGGUGGAAAUGUCGAAUUUUUCACCAAAGGAUUUCAUGUUGAAUCCCUGCACUCAACAUGAAAAUUCACAAGUGUUGAACCACAAGAGAUAAAAGAAACUUUUCUCUAGUAUUCCAGCAUCUUCUGCAAAGAAGAGAUUUAUAUUUUGACGAGGAGAAAAAUUGCAAAUCAUAUGAAAAUUUGUGCACUUCCAGAAAAGAAAUCUAUCCGUGACACAUACAAAUGAAACGUGAGAUAUAUUUAUUCUUUGAGAUUGUAGUAUAUUUUUUAAAUUUAAAAUAAAUAUAUAACAUGGAUCGUGUA